UAAAAGUAAAAAUAAAAAUUCUAUUUCAUUUGCUCGCAACCGUUGAAAACACAUUUUUAAUAACGAUUGUACAGUCACAGUUUUAAAAAAAUUACUUAAUAUUUUUUUUGUACUGAAUUAAAUUCAUAAUGGGAAAACCUUUAUUAGUAGUAGAUGCAAAUAUCAUUUACAAACAUAUUGAAGCAGAGUUUGGAAAGAAACAAACAGAUAUAGAAGAUUGUAUAAAUAUUCUAGAAGAAUGGUUUAAAACCCAACCGCAUUUGCCUGAACAACCAAAUAGAACUCUAAUAAGAGCAUUUUUAUUUUUCAAUAAAUUCAGCAUAGAGAGAUGCAAAGAGAAAUUAGAUAUGUAUUAUACCAUAAGAAAUAAGCUACCUGAAAUGUUUCAAUAUAAUCCAGCAUCAGCAGAAAUGAUAAAGAAUAGCAAAGUUAGUUAUAUUGUACCACUACCCAAACUUGCUCCUGAUAACAGAAGAAUAAUAUUUUGCAAGUUUUCAGACCAGUAUGGACCUGAAGAUUUUGAUAUGGAAAAGUAUCUCUGUCAUAUCUUAAAUACUUUCGAGGUUCUUAUGAGGGAAGACUUAUUUUUGGGCUCCCAUUUUGUAGUCGAUGCUGGUAGUGUGAAAAUGGGCCAUGUCACUAAAGUUAAUCCUAUGACAUUAAAGAAAAGCUCUGUUAUAAUGGAAAAAGUUUACACCAACAGAGUUGCCUCGAUUCAUUGUAUUAAUUUUUAUCCAGCUUUAGAAACUACAAUGAAUAUCAUAAAAAGCAUCAUUCCAGCGAAGAUUGCUAAAAGGUUUCACUAUCACAAGAAUGCAGAGGCUUUAUUCUCGAUUUUUCCAAAAUCAAUUAUACCCUCCGACAUAGGUGGAGAUGAAAGCUCUUUAGAUGAAUUAAACAAUCGAUGGAUUGAAAAGUUUGGACAAUAUAAGGAUUUGUUCGACAAACUUGGGGCUAUGAGAGUAAAUGAAUCGCUCAGACCUACUAGGUUAGUUAAUGACGAAGUUCUAGGCUAUUACGGCAAUUUUAAGAAGCUUGAUGUUGACUAAAAACGCUGCACCUAAGAUAAAUUGUUGGCUGUUCAUUGAUUACUUUUUUAUAUUUCGAUGGGUUUAUUAAAGCGUUUAUUUCUUAA